AAAAGGAAAAUGUAUUUUCCCCUCGCCCCACAACAGUGCCCUAUAUCCAGGUUUGUCACUGCCAAGAACUUUUUGGCUGCUUAAACUUAAUUUUAAUUUUAUUUUUUUUGCUUUUGCUACUUAUCCAGCUGUGUAAAUAGUCCUUUUCGAGAGGACUUGGCUUCAAGCGCAUAAGGAAGCUUUCUCUCUUUAAUAUCUGUUCAUAGAGAAACCGAAAGCCAUGCAUGUUAUCCUAACUUUGCAAUGCGCUCCCAAGAGGAUUCACUGUUGUUCUAAGAGGAUGUGGGUGGUGGUGGUUCUUUGCCAAGUUGAUUGAGCAAGUUCACAGACACCAGCAAUUUAGUUUUUAUCUGGGGCUUUUCUGUCUAGUGAAUAAACAGCCAGAGCUGAGUUUUAUUGUUUGGUAAGGGGAGUGGUUCAGCUAUGGAGCUGCUCCUGGUGGGUGCAGUUUUGGUGACACUUGGGGUCCAUGCAGCAACUUCCCCACUACUGGAAUCUCCCUCGACGCUGAUCCCACGCAAUGCAGCCAGGAUGGCUGUCGAAGAGUACAACCAGGAACCAGGUGUGCAAGCUGUCUUCAGGCUGUUGAAGCUCAGAAACACCCACAAAACAAAAGCUAUAUCCAUGAAUUUGUUGUUGUUAUAUGCCUUCAAGUCGAUUACGACUUAUGGCGACCCUAUGAAUCAACAACCUCCAACAGCAUCUGUCAUGAAUCACCCUGUUCAGAUCUUGCAAGUUCAGAAAUUUGACUGGGGGGUUCACUUCAGCAUGAACUUCACCGUCAAAGAGACCCUCUGUCAGAAAACGGCCGCUUACAGGAUUGGGGACUGCAGAUACAAGCCAAACGGGAUGAUAAGAGAUUGUUCUGCCGACGUCUCUGUUCUCAACUUCCUGCAAGAUUCACCUUUGACCUCUGUGAAAUGCCAACCCUUGCAGGGAAACAACCCCAACAGCAGGAACUCCAAGCCCAACACCAGACCCCAGGCGAUGGAGGCCCCCUUGCCUCUAGUGUAUGUGGAGACCUACUUCCCGUCGUCUUUUUCUACCGCUGCUCUGACAGCCCCUGAAGGAGAGUAAAGGCUCCCCUCUCAUCCCCCAGACAGAGGGUCCUUAUUGAGUUGGUCUUCUCUGCGCUACCAGCUUCCCACUGGACCAGUGCUGAAUGGCCUUCCAUGCCUUGAACAUUUAUUGUUUAUUUACUGAACUCCUCUGCCUGGUAGAAUAUUAUUGUAGACUUGUAGUAUCCAACUGUUGCUUGUAUUCUAAGAUGCCAUUGGGUUGGUUGGUUUUUUAAAUGCAGUGAAAUUUUGCAUUUUUCCAACACUGUUGUAAGAUGUAAGAAGUCACUCUGGUUGUACUAGAUGUUUUGGAUUAUAACUCCUAUCACCCAUGCUGGUUGCUUGGAGUUGUAGUUUAAAACAGCUAGAGGGUGUCACGUUGUGGAUGGCUAUGUUAGAGAGGACUGUUCAGUCACCCUAUAGAUGCAUAUUCUCUAUAGCAUCCCCCCAACUGUUUUAAAUCAAGCAGUUCUAUUUUAAAGCCCGCUGCUUGUUUUUAAUGAAAUGGUGUGUAUUUCCAAAGGAGUUGAGGAGUUCAAAGAAGACAAGUUGCUAAACAGGAAAGUGUGCAGAAAAAACAGGAUAUGCACCCACUCUGCGUGUGACCAGUGUCUGUUUCGACUGUCUUUUUCUUUGUUCUAAGAAGCAAGCUACUCCACUUGUGAAGAGUCAGCCCUGCUCCUAGGCCAUUUCCUGUAAGCCUGCCACCAAACUGAAAGAGGAGUUUUUUGUAACUUGAAAGCUUGCAUUAAAUUCUUUAGAGAGCAGUUGGGCCAGCAAAAGGCAAUCAAUGAUCAAGACCGGCUUUGUGCAACGUAAUGGGAAAAACCAUGUAUGUGUUUUGCAAUAUUUACUAAAUAUUUUGCUUUUCA